GCCGUGUAAUCUGAAGCAGCAUCGCAUACAACGAAAUGAGACAACGACGUCGUUCUAGUGAGUUACGCUUACGCUAUACAUAAUCCCUCUCAAAUCGUGCUGCUGAAAUAGUGAAUUUCCAGUCCCUGUCGUUAAGCACCCAGGCAUCGAUCCACGAGCAAUGGAAACUGGAGAAGAAGCUCAGCUUCGGAGACACAGUCAUCCAACCAAUGCAGAAAUUUUGAUCACUCGACCAGAACUCAAUCCAUCGUCCACAUGUCCCGAAUCAACACCUGACCUAGAUGAACCCAACCUCACCGAGUCCAAACCCGCUUUGAACCAUAGCCAGAUCUUCAAGGCUCUGGAAGUCGUCGAGAGGGAUUCUCUGGCCAUCGCCGAGAGCUUCACCAGUCUCUUCGCUUCUCUUCGCUUGGCUCUAUCCGAGGUUACUAGCAACUCGGUUGAUCAUAUGGACUGUUUUAGUGACGCUUCUGGCCGUCUUCAAGAAUCGGUGCUCGAUGCUGCAACAAAGGGAAAUCGGUAUAUAAAUUCGUGUCUCAGAUUAAAUGAGGAAAUGAAGGGUAUUGAUAGCUUAGCUGCUCAACUAAAGAUCCUGAGGAGAAAUGUGGAUAUGCUGGACACGGCUGUGAACAGGCUUCUCCGAUUUCCAUGAUGCAUAGCUGCUGAACUAAUUGGUUGUCACUUGGGACUUCUAAUACAACUUCGCUUAUAUUCAGCGCAACUUUUGUUUGAGAAGUUUCAAGUUGCCUGGUAAGGUAGUUUGUAUAUAACUCUGGCUGAACAUCUGAAGCUAUAGUUUGUUGACUAUUUCAAUUGUGUUUAAGAUAUUUCUUACAUUGCGCUUCAGUUAUGGGUUCAAGAACAACUGUUUUGUAUCGUAGGAUGAAUUUAAAUUAUGCACAUGUUUUCUGCCAAGUAAUGCAUUGGCAUUCUGGAUUGACCUCUUCA